GGUGGGGAAGAAAAAAAUCACCAAUUUAUUUUUCUAGUGUCCCACAAUUGCAACUCUCUAUUCAAGGAGGGGUGGGGGGCACCACUUUGGGAGGUGAGAAGAGGAUGGCCAGCCCCCCCACUACUGGGCAGCAGGUUCUCCCCUCUGGAUCUAAUGUAAACAACCACAAUAACAACAACAAUAACAACAGCAGCAAUGUAAAGAAAUGCGGUUACCUACGCAAACAGAAACACGGCCACAAACGAUUUUUUGUGCUGCGGGAGCCUGGAGAAGGCUGUCCUGCAGCCAGGCUAGAAUAUUACGAGAAUGAAAAGAAGUGGAGGAGCAAAUCGACGGCAGCCAAGAGGGUGAUAUCUCUAGACAGCUGUCUUAACAUCAACAAGCGAGCAGAUGCUAAGAACAAGUACCUAAUUGCUCUCUACACCAGGGAUGAAUAUUUUGCUGUGGCAGCAGAUAGCGAGCAGGAGCAAGAAAGCUGGUAUCGAGCACUCACUGACUUGCUCAGCACGGGCAGAGGAGAAAAAGAUGGGACUGUGUGUUCAGGUACCGGGGGAUGCUGCUGUCCCAGCAACGGGAGCUGCAGCAAUAGUUGCAGUCAUCAUCUGGCAUUUACAGAGGACCCCAACUACGGACUGAUAACCCCCGCCAAUGCAGCUUACAAAGAGAUAUGGCAAGUAAACCUAAAACCUAGGGGUCUGGGGCAUAUCCGGAGUAUGAUUGGAGUGUACAGACUGUGCUUGUCUGCUCGCAGCAUCAGCUUUGUGCGUCUUAACAGCGAUGCCCCUUCUGUGACGCUGCAGUUAAUGAACAUACGACGCUGUGGCCAUUCGGAUAACUACUUUUUUGUAGAGGUCGGUCGUUCAGCUUCCACUGGACCCGGGGAGAUCUGGAUGCAGGUCGACGAUACCGUGGUGGCCCAAAGCAUCCACGAGACCAUUUUGGAAGCCAUGAAAGCUAUGAGGGAACUGUCAGAGUUCAGACCAAGAAGUAAAAGCCAAUCUUCUAGUUCCAACCCAAUCAGUGUGCCCGGCAGGCGCCAUCAUCUCAAUCAGUUGCCACCCAGCCAGACUGGCCUUACUCGGAGAACACGAACAGACACUCCACUGUCGUCCUCCACUAGUGCUGCCUCAAAUUCUGCUUCACGAAACCGCACUGCCAGUGAGGGUGAUAAUUUAAGUAACAAGGCAGCCUUAGGCAGUCCCUUAAGCCCCAGCAUGUUACGUGCACCUCUGAGCCGUUCCCACACACUCAGCUGGGGAGGACGGCAUAUUAAACUGGUUCCAGCUCCAGGACCCCUGCAACACAGCCGUUCUAUGUCUAUGCCUGUUCCCCGCUCACCACCAACUGCUGCCAGUCCAAUCAGCUUAUCAUCUGGCAGUAGUAGUGGGCAUGGUUCUGCCUCUGACCCAUUAAUUCCCCCACGGCCAUCUAGCUGCAAUGCUUCUACUUCUGGGUCACCCAGCGAUACAGGUUUCAUGUCUUUGGAUGAGUACAGCUCUAGCCCAGGAGAGCAGACACGUGCAUAUCUGAGCUGUCGUAGUGGUACCCCAGAUUCUAUUUCUGGCACUCCACCUCACCCAGGGGAACUGAAUGGUUACAUGUCUAUGGAUAGACAGUUACCAGGAAGCUGCUCGUGUGUUGCACGUCGACUUGAAGGUUCUGGUGUUGAAAAGUGUCCGAGAAAGAGGACAUACUCCCUGACCACACCAGGAAGGCAAAGAGUGGCAAUUCCUCAAGUCUCCUCUGCUUCUCUUGAUGAGGCUACCCUGAUUCGUGCCACCUACAAAGGAAGCCCAGCUCUUCAGCCCUCCUCUCCAAAGAUAACCACGUACCAGCCCUACCCAGAGGACUAUGCUGAUGUAAAGAUCGGGCAGCACAAGGACGAUGGGUACAUGCCAAUGGCCCACAGGGCAGGUACAGUUUCUUCUUCAACAGAUUAUGUGCCCAUGAGCCCGGCCAGCGUGUCUGCUCCUCAGCAGAUCCUGCAACCUCGAACCUGUUGUUCUGAAUCUGUUGAUGCUUCUCAGGAAGAUUCCCCAGAUGGCUAUAUGAAGAUGUGGUGUGGUCCCAAAGAACGACCAGUACCUGUGCAUAACAGACUAUCCCCUGCUGAACCACUAACUUCCUUAACACCCCCUGAUUAUUUCUUCAUGCAGCCUAAAAACAAUUGUUGUUGCCAGGCUAAUAACACAUUAUCACUACAGCUACCAAGCACUACUGAGGCCGAACCUUAUGUAAUGAUGAGGUCCCCGGCUUCUUCAUCGCCACACGGUAGAGCUGCUCGACCUUCACGCCUUGCUUUGCGCAUCUUACCGAGCAUGAGUGAGCACCCUCCAGAACCACCCAGUCCUCCUGGUGGGGAAUAUAUUAACAUUUAUUUUGGAGAUACAAGAUCUCAAGAUUCCCUACCCUUACAAACACCAACUGCUUUAUCAGACUGUGUCCCACUGUCCACUGCUAGCAGUCCAGCUUCAUCCUCUUCCAGUUCGGAAACCCAGCGCUCCCCAAUCUCUGACUACAUGAACUUAGACUUUGGGCCACCAUCUCCAAAGCCAAAAGUUUCUUCUGUAUUACAUCCAAAUUCAGACUACACAGAAAUGAGCCCCAGAAAGAUACAGUCAGACUCACCUUCUAAUGCAUCUUCACUGUCGGCAGCACCAUUACCUAGAGCAAACUCUGGUUCUGGUGUACAGCACUUGACUUUGCUUAUGGAACAGAUACCUACUGCAUUUAGUCUGCACAGUCCUCCUCCAGACCCAAAUCGGGGAGCUAAACUCAUACGGGCAGAUCCACAAGGGGGCCGUCGCCGUCACAGUUCAGAGACCUUCUCAUCCACCACUCAAGUGACCCCUGUAUCUCCUUCCUUUGCACAUAGUCCAAAGAGGCAUAGCUCAGCUUCAGUGGAGAAUGUGUCACUGAGGCCUGGAGAGACUUCAGAGACUGCUGAAUGUGGCAGUCCUAUGUGCCGGGAGACCUCAGCUGGCUUCCAGAAUGGUCUGAACUACAUUGCCAUUGAGUUAUCACCUGAGGAGAGAAGUCUGCUGCUCCUAACACAAGCCUCAUCCAGAGGACACUUACCUGCCUUGGGCCUUGCCAGUCUGGACAUUGGAUCUUAUCCUACCAUUGACUUCCUUGGCCAUAGGAUGAAGGGUGCCACCACUGUUAGAGAAUGAAUGAGGUAAUUAGAAUGUCAACAGAAAGAAAGAAAAGAACCCUGGGCCUACAUUCUUGACCAGAUGCUGCUAAAGUCUCAUUCUUCUCGCUCACGCGGUUUGAACGGUUCCUGCUCAGGUAUAGACUGUGGUGAACCUGGCAAUGAAGAGUCCUACCAUGACAGAAACCUGUCUCAGUGCAGUUUGGCAUUAUUUUUCUACUAUUGCGACACGCGACUUGAAACCGGUUUACUCUUUCAAGUCCAUAAAUAACAAAAGACAAUGUCCUUCACCAACCUUAAUUUAUUCUACUGUUGGCUGGGAGAUUCAUGGAGACUUUUAUGAAGCAGUGACAUCCUAAAAGAUUUUCGUCUUAACGUACACUUCGUCCUACCUCAGUGAACAACAUGAAGCAAGACAAGAUGGUGUUUUAUUCUUGAGACAUCAGAGGGAUAAUGAAGACCUCCUGGCAUUCAAUGGACUGAUGUGUGUUUUAAUGUAACCGUGCAAUCGAGUUACUGGAGAUCAUCUCCAGCCUUAUUAAACCUGAAAAUAGGACAUUGCUGCUUUGUCGGAUGCUAGCUGCAAAGUUUACUAAAAAGAUAGUCACCCUAAGGCAUCAAAUAAAAGUCAGCUCCAUUAAAAAGGUCAUACGAUGGUGUACAUUUUUUUUUUUUU